GCUGAAGCAAUCAAAGCGUCCGCGCAGAUGGAAUGCCGCUGGACGCACCACCACAGGCUACGUCACAGCGGCAGGUACCCGAAAACCCCAGGUACGGCUGACGUCAUCCCCGGUGGUUCACUUCCCCUUCCCCUUCUCCCAACCCAAACCCCCUGCUCCGCUCCGCUCUCUAUGGCCGCCGCCGCCCGCGCCGCACGCCGCCUCCUCUCGUCCCGCCUCCACACCACCACGCGCCAUCUCCAUGCAAGUGCUUCCGAGGGAGCGACGCGGGAGGCGUCCAGGAGCUUCAUCCACCCCGCAGCCGUCGUCCACCCCGAUGCCGCCAUAGGCCAGGGUGUCUCGAUAGGGCCCUUCUGCACAGUUGGGCCUUCAGCCAGGAUUGGUGAUGCGUGUCAAAUACAUGCCGGGUGCCAUGUCACGGGCGAUACUGAGCUAGGCGAGGGUUGUGUUGUUCUCACUUUUCUGGCAGUGGUGCUAUCCUUGGUGCGGAUAUCCCUGGACGAACAAUUAUUGGGGAAAACAAUGUCAUUGGACACCAUGCUGUGGUUGGUGUUAAGUGCCAAGAUCUUAAAUACAAGCCAGGAGAUGAAUGCUUUCUGCGUAUUGGUAGCAAUAAUGAGAUCAGAGAGUACUGCUCCAUUCAUCGUUCUUCUAAAUCUUGUAAUUGGUGACAACAAUCUUAUAAUGGGUUCAUGCCAUAUAGCUCAUGAUUGCAAGAUUGGUAACAAUAACAUCUUUGCUAAUAACACUCUAUUUGCUGGCCACAUUGUUGUUGAGGACUGUACACAUACUGCAGGGGCUGUUGUUGUCCAUCAGUUUUGUCAUAUUGGGUCAUACUCUUUUCUUGGUGGAGGCUCUGUGGUUGCACAAGAUGUGCCAAGGUACAUGAUGGUUGCAGGUGAUAGAGCAGAGCUUCGUGGUCUGAAUCUUGAAGGUCUUAGGCGCAAUGGAUUCUCCAAUCAAGAGGUAAGGAGAUUGAGGAAAGCUUAUCAGAAAGUAUUUAUGCCAACUAGUACUAAUCAGAGUAGCUUUGAAGACAGACUCGCUGAAUUGGAACGAGAAAUUCAGCAUUCAGAAUCUCCUGCUGUGUCAUGUAUGGUGGAAUCUAUUCGCAUGUCAUUUGACCAAGGACGCCGUGGAAUUUGCAAGUUCAGAAGUUGGAACAGCUCAUAAAUGUGUAACUUCUUUGGUUUGCCUGGAAUUUGACCAAGGGCACCAUUUAGGUGAUGUCUACAACAACCCAUUUUUUUGUGUUGGGUGAAUUAGGAAAUGAUGGCACCGGAACAACCCUUUGUUUAUAAUAACCAUGGAAUAGACAUCCCAAGGAAGUACAAAUCAUUCCAGGUAGGUAGCAGUGUCAACAUAUUAAAAGUGCACCUAUAUGGGAUGCUGCUGCCUGGAGAACUUUUCUGUUAUUGCAGAAGUUUGUGCAAUUUAUAUUUUCUCCUUUUUUAAUUCGGUUCCAA